UGCAAUAGGUGGGAGAUGGAGGUGGGCAGCCAUGGGCUCCCUCUCUGCAUCCUUGGCUCAGCUUUCAAUGUGAUUCCCUCAGAAAUUCCUGAGUCGGUGAAUGCUUCACUCACCUGCUGCAUGAAGUAUCAUGAGAAAGUACUGCCAAGGAAACUGGUGGUGGGAUACAGAAGGGCCCUCAACUGUUACCUGCCAGCAAUCAUCUUCGUCACCAAAAAGAACCGAGAGAUCUGCGCCAACCCCAAUGACAAAUGGGUCCAAGAGUACAUUGAGAAUCCCAACCUACGCUUGCUACCCUCCAGGAACCUGGCCUAGGUUAAAACUAUUAGAUCCUAGAAAGGCCAACCCCAGCUCCUCAGCUCCCCAUGAUGAUCAGGCCUC